UGCUGCCACUUUCAAUGUUUGGGAGGUUGUUCUGGUCCUUCAGCAAGCGAUUGCUAUGUAUGUAGGUAUCAGAAUUAUAAUGGAACUUGCAUGAUAACAUGCCCUACUGGCACUUAUGAGGUAUUGUCCAAUAGAUCUGCUACAAUACUAAGCCACUUGACUGAAUAUCCUUCAUUAAGCCGUACCGUAUCAUAUUUAAUAUAUGUUACCUAUUUAAUGUGUAUCUUAUGA